AGUAUUCCGUUCCUAACGCCGCGAGGCGAAGCGAAGCGAAGCCAAAACCCCCAUUCCCCUCCCUCCUCGUCGUCUCCGUUGUCGGCGUCGGACCAAAGCCGGAUCCCGGAGCCCUAACCCUAGCAAGCAGGCGGCGGCGGAGAUGGUGUACUACGCGCUGUUGGUGGGCGCGGAGCUGGACGGCCUCACCAACCUGCAGCCCCGCCGCGGCUGCGACGACCCCAACUUCCCCUACUACCUCAAGCUCAAGUGCGAGAACUGCGGGGAGGUCACCGCCAAGUCCACCUACGUCACCCUCAGCGAGCAAGUCGACCUGCCCAAAGGACACGGCACCGCUCACCUCGUCCAGAAGUGCAAGCUUUGUGGGAGAGAUGGAACAAUUGUGAUGAUUCCUGGUCAGGGGACGCCACUUACUAUUGAGCAGAGCCAGAAAGAAGAGAAGACUUGUUUGAUGGUGUUUGACUGCAGAGGCUAUGAACCUGUUGAGUUUUCUUUUGGCGCUGGCUGGAAAGCUGAAUCUGUGCAUGGGACUCCUUUCGAAAUUGACUGCUCUGAAGGUGAAUUUUCUGAGUAUGAUGAGAAGGGAGAAUGCCCCGUCGAGCUAAGCAAGCUGCAGUCAACAUUCAAAGUGGUGAAGAAGCAUGACAAGGGUGGCAAGACUAGAUUUGUCUAGAUCCAAUGACUUGGAGGCUGUCAGGUAUUGGAAUCGAAGGUGUACAAAUGGUACAUUUGGGCCAAAGGUUGUGCGUAAUCAGACGUCCUUUUUUCUAUCUGUUGAUUCUGUGGAUGCCAUGAACCAUGUGAACCUUUCAGUGAUAGUGUCCACAGGGGCAUUGCCCUGGACCGACUGCUAUUGUUCUAUGUGGUCUUAGGCCAUCCGAACUGAUCUUGUUAUCGUCCACUAAUGGUUGAACAUGCUGCUGAUUUUGAGCAUUGUGACUGAUGGAUCUGAAAGCAUCUCAAGGGGAUAUGUGCAUUCUGAAUUCUUAAAGAUGAAUCGCCACUUGUUGAUAUGAAUAUGAUGCAACCUU